GCGUUGGGGCCACGGGGCCUAAGAUCGUGUAGUCUAUAAAUGCAACCAUCCCGAACACGAAGUGCGCCAUUAGUUCGUUCGUUAGCAAGCGGGAAACAUUCCUUGACCAAACCACGCGGUCUCUCGGUUAGUGUGACGACGUGACAGGACAGUACGUAGAAGUAGUAUGGGUGACGGUGCCUACCAAGUGCUGGAAUGUGCGGAACUCGGUCGUUAUGGUGUGGCUGGGCGCAAUCUCAGGGCAGGCGAUCGACUGUUCGAAGAGCUCCCGUUCGCGGUCGGCCCGAAGCUGGACAGUCCUCCACUGUGUCUAGAGUGUUGCUGUCCAGUCGACGGUGGUGAAGGUGGUCCCAGGUGUGCACGGUGCGGUUGGCCACUGUGCGAGGAUUGCAGUGGUCCGGAGUCGGAGCUCGUCUAUCAUCGGGGCGAGUGUGAGGUGUUUGCGGCGAGCGGUGUACGAUUCCGGCCGGUGGAAGAUUCGACGGCCGGGUGUGUGCAGCUCGAUUGCAUAACGCCGCUACGGGUGUUGCUGGCGAAGGAAGCGGAUGAGGCCCGAUGGGCCCGGGAGAUCGAACCGAUGGAGUUCCACGACGCAGAGCGGCGCGAAAGUGCCAACUGGAAGGUGGACGAGAACAACAUUGUGUCGUUUCUGACCGGGCCUUGCAAGCUUGGGAGCCGGUUUUCGCGCGAGUUGGUGCAGCGAGCGAUCGGUCUGUUGGACGUGAACGCGUUCGAGGGCCGGACCUGCAACGGGUACAGCUUGCGGGGUCUCUACCCGCAGCUAGCGAUCAUGGCGCACAACUGUGUGCCGAACGUGGUUCAUUCGAUUCAUCCGAGCGACGGUUACAGGUUAGAAGCGCGUGUUGCAGUCGAUGUCGCAGAAGGCGAGAAGCUUUACACGACCUACACCUACACCCUGACCGGCACAGUCGCCCGUCAAUCGAUUCUAAAGAUGAGUAAAUUCUUCACAUGCCGCUGUACCCGGUGCCUCGAUCCAACCGAGCUGGGAACGCACUUCAGCACACUGCUCUGCAACAAAUGCCAUGGAGGAUUCAUCACCUCUACCGAUCCACUAGAUGAGAAUGCCGAAUGGAAAUGUGCUCAGUGUAGCUUCAAAACAUCCGGUGCCGCCGUCCAGAAGGCGGUCAUGACCAUACACAACGAAAUAGACGAGCUGGCCUGUCUCGAGUACGAGUCCGGCCGGCUCGAAGCGUACGAAGCCGUGUACAAGAAGUACCGCAGUGUGCUGCACCCGAUGCACUUCAUCAACACCUCCAUCCGGCACAGCUUGAUCGAGCUGUAUGGGCGCAUUCCCGGGUACGAGAUGGCCGAACUGCCGGAUGUACUGCUCGAGCGUAAGGUUGAGCUGUGCCGCAGCAUACUGCGCGUGCUGGAUGUGUUCGAGCCGGGAAAAUCGCGGGCCCGGGCGAUGAUACUGUACGAGCUGCACGCACCACUCAUCAUGCUCGCCCAGUCCGCCUUCGCACGGGGCGAGGACACUCGGGAUGGGCAGUCACUGAAACAGCAGCUCACCGAGGCGGCCCACGUGCUGCAGGAAUGCGGCGGCAUUCUCGAGUGGGAAGAUCCGAUGACACCCGAGGGCAUACUGGCGAACGUGGCCAAGCAAUCACUCGCACAGCUCUGGCAGAGCAUCGCCACACUCGACUAGUGUGUGUGUGUGGUGUAUGGGAAGAAUUCGCACCGUGUAGGUUUAGAAACUAUUUGUGAUGUACUUUGCUGCACUCGGGCUCAGGGGUCCGAGCGGCUUCGGGUUGCUACAACCGGCCCGCAAAACCCUGACCCGUUUUCCUACCUGUUUAGGUGUCUAGCUUUAAUGCUGCGUCCUCGCAGCGCAGUUCGUUUUCCAUGUCACCGUUCCGUUACAAACCGUUUUCAUCGAUGUACUACAAUAAAGUGGGCUAUACAUACCUUA